GCACUAUUUUGGCUAACUUGGCGGUCCAUGAUGCCAGAGGACGCCAGAUAUUGUUAUCGACCUCUGUCGACGGAUAGAGAGUCGGCGGAGAUCAGAAUCAUCGAGCUUUUACCCGAAGCCCUGUUCCCGAACCAGAUAAGAUGCAACAUUCGCCACGUCCAGCUUUGCGAUGAACCCAUAUACGAAGCGCUUUCAUACUGCUGGGGGCCCUAAGAGCCAUCAUAUGCAAUCUCCUGUGAUGGGUGCCGAUUCGACGUCGGGGCGAACCUGCUGCAUGCUCUGCAGAGGCUACGGUUAGAUGAACAAAUUCGAGUCCUUUGGGUAGACGCCAUUUGCAUCAAUCAACAAGACGGCGUCGAGAAAGCUCAACAGGUUCGCGAGAUGCGUACCAUAUAUAAGAAGUCCAGAAGAACAGUCGUUUGGUUAGGAGAC